AUGUCCGUCGAGCGCGCGCGCGCGGACGCGCGCUCGGACCGCGCGCGCGCGCGACCGCGCGCGACCGCGGACGCGCUCGAGGACCUGCGCGUGCGAUGCGCGCACUGCGACGCCGUCUUCGCGCCGCGCGCGCUCGAAUACGGCGCCGACGCGCGACGAUUCGCGAGCGAGACGCUGCGAGACGCGUUCGACGCGCUCGAGCGGGACGAGGAGACGAACGGGUUCUUGCUGCGAGGGCGCGAGCGCGGCGACGCGGCGCACCGGGGGCUGGCGCGGGCGUGCGACGAGCUGAGGAAGACGAUGUCGCUCACGGAGGCGAACGCGACGCUGGGGCGAGGGGCGAUGCACGUGUUCUCGACGAAACAGGCGAGGGCGCUGCUGACGAGCGCGGGGGCGGUCGGGGAGGGAGAGGGAAGGUUGAGAUGGUUUUUGGACGUCGGCGCGGGGUGCGGCGAGGUGACGGAGACGCUGGCGAAGAAUUUUGAAAAGACGUGCGCGACGGAGAGCUCGCGAGGGAUGGCGAAGCGAUUGAGAGAGCGUGGAUUUGAUGUCGUGCUCGAGAGCGACACGAUCGAGGACGUCGUGGGGGACGUGCGGCGGCUGGGGGAGGAUUUGGACGAGGACGGGUUCGACGUCGUCGCGGCGUUGAACCUGUGCGAUCGAAUCGACGCUCCGGUGACGCUCAUGUCGCAGUUAAAGCGCGCGUUGAAACCCGGGACCGGGGUUUUGAUAUUAGCCAUCGUCGUUCCGUUCCGUCCAUUCGUCGAGGGCGCGGACGGGACGCGAACGAAACCCAGCGAAACCGUCGACGCGCCGAGCUCGGGAUCGUGGGAGGCGGGCGUCGAGGCGCUGUGGGAAAAUUUAAUCGCUCCCGCGGGAUUCGAGCUCAUCAGGCUCGCCCGGGUGCCGUACAUAUCCGAGGGCGAUCACCUCUUCGACGCGUACGUCCUGGACGACGCCGUGUUCGUGUUGAGGGCGCCGGCUCGAUGA